GGGCAAGCUGGCUGAGAGGCGAUCCAGUGCUCAGCUCCUCUCUGCAGGCUGAGAAAAGAAACAGAGAGCGAAAGGCAACGAUUUUCAACGCAGGAGGAAAAACGUGACGUUUUUUGACGGAACAGGAAGAAAUCUAGAAUCAAGAGAGGAAGAUUUUCAUCUGCGGAUAUCAUUUAUUUAUACAUAUUGUUUAUAUAUCUAUAUAUAUAUAUAUUUGUACACACGCAUAUAGAUAUUUAUAUAUAUAUAUAUACAUUUAUCCUUGUACAUAUCUGUAUUUGUGCUUGUCUGUUUAUAUUAAUAUUUUUAUAUGUAGUUGUGUGUGUAAAUAUAUAUGAUAUAUAAACAAAAGAAUCUAUAUAUAUAUAUCUAUGAAUUUAUAUGCGUAUCACUGUGAACCAAGAGAAGCAAGAAGAAAUUUCUAUCAUCAGGGCUGGUCUCUGAUUGCGUGGUGACAUACAAUAUUUUAAAUAUUUCCUUUGAUCUUCUACGUCAAGAGGACAAAGACUACGUGCCCAUUUUGUAUUUUUUGUUUUCCUGUUGCUGCUUCCCAUUUCUCUCAAAUUCUUUUUCCCGACAUCCAAGAGGAUUAACGCGAAGAGUCGCAGGAUCGGACGAAAGAAAAAAACAAAACAAAACAAAAAAAAAACGGGAGAAUCUGUAGAAAUUCCUGUGAUUAGUGCUUUUUCCAUCUGCGUUAGCGCGCUGUGAGCCGAUCACAGCGUGCUGUGUGAGAUCUGAGGAGGCAGCAGCGACAGAGUGCCACGCCGCUCAUCUCAGCAUCAGCCCACAGCCAGCAUGCACAAACACCACCACUGCUGCAAGUGCCCAGAAUGUUAUGAGGUGACCCGUAUGGCAGCUCUGCGUAGGAUGGAUGCCCCAGCAUAUGGAGGAGAAUGGCAGGCCGAGCCCUAUGGAUACCCACCUGGGUAUGGGGGAGGCCAGACCUUACCCCCUCCAGCCUCAGGAGGGGGUGGAAGCAUGGGAGGAGGAGGGGGCACUUUAGGGAGAAGCAAGGGCAAGAAUAUGUCUGGUGGGGGCCCUGGAGGCCCCAACCCAAAGGGUCAAUCCAAAGGUGGCCCCAAAGUCAAUGGAAACAACUCCAGUGGACAAGGAGGAUGGUGGCCUGAGUGCACCUGUACCAACCGAGAGUGGUACGACCAGGCCAACCCUCCCCCCAUCAUUGUCAACGCAGACUCACUAGACGCAGGCCCUUAUGUAAAUGGCAGCGAUGGCAUGUAUAAAUAUGAAGAGAUCAUUUUAGAGAGGGGGAACUCUGGCCUGGGCUUUAGCAUUGCUGGAGGAAUAGACAAUCCCCACAUUCCUGAUGAUCCAGGGAUUUUCAUCACCAAGAUAAUCCCUGGAGGAGCAGCUGCUAUGGAUGGUCGGCUGGGGGUUAACGACUGCGUACUGCGUGUGAACGAUGUCGAUGUGUCUGAGGUGGUUCACAGCCGAGCGGUGGAAGCCCUUAAGGAGGCAGGACCUGUGGUUCGGCUGCUGGUUCGACGGAGGCAAGCCCCACCAGAAACAAUUCUGGAGGUCAACCUGCUGAAAGGACCCAAAGGACUGGGAUUUAGUAUCGCUGGAGGGAUUGGGAACCAGCAUAUUCCAGGAGAUAACAGCAUCUAUAUUACCAAGAUCAUAGAUGGAGGAGCUGCCCAGAAAGAUGGACGUCUGCAGACCGGAGACCGCCUGCUAGCUGUGAACAACAUUGUGCUGCAGGAUGUGCGUCAUGAGGAGGCGGUAGCUGCGCUGAAGAACACCUCCGAUAUGGUUUACCUCAAGGUGGCCAAGCCAGGACCCGUGCAUCUGAACGACAUGUACGCCCCUCCAGAUUACUCCAGCAGCCUGGCCCUCCCUCCAGCCUUCCCCCCUAUGGUGGACAACCACGUCAGCCACAAUUACAUGGGAGCAAUGGAGCCCAAGCCAGUGUACCCGCCGCCUCAGGUCACCCCGUCCAGGUACUCACCUGUUCCCCGCCACAUGCUGGGGGAGGAAGACUUCACAAGGGAGCCGAGGAAGGUGGUGUUGCACAAGGGCUCCACCGGCCUGGGCUUCAACAUCGUCGGCGGGGAGGAUGGGGAGGGGAUUUUCGUCUCCUUCAUCUUGGCUGGAGGGCCGGCUGACCUGAGCGGCGAGCUGAGGAGGGGCGACCGGAUUCUCUCAGUAAAUGGAGUAAACCUUAGGAAUGCUACACAUGAGCAGGCGGCUGCAGCACUGAAGAGAGCUGGACAAACUGUCACCAUCAUUGCUCAGUACAGGCCUGAAGGUAUAAUGAAGUUCUGGACCUGCUGUAAACGGUGUUGCAGAACUGCAUGUAGUCAGAUGUCGCCAUUAUAAAAAAGGUGGAGUAGCAGUUAAGCUAUCUCAUGAUUCCCACCCAC